ACCUAUAGCUCCAAGAGCUUCGAGGAUUAUUACUUUGUAGAAUUUUCCACAAAGUAGAGUCAGACAUUCAUUUCGGAUUGCUGAGACGUUGCUGUGACAUUUUCCACAAUGUUUCAGUUCCAAAAGUGGAACUUCUUGAUAUUUAACAUAAUUCUUACUCUCUCAUUAAUUCCGCUAUCUCAAUCCAUUCCCGUCAAACGAGAUGCACCAUUUUCUACAUCAGUGAGUCUAUUGCUGAGCGCCCUGGACGAAUCGGUCAAUCCUUGUGAUGAUUUCUACACAUAUACGUGUGGUCAUUGGACAGAAUAUCAUCCCAUCAAACCCGGAUACUUAACAUGGACAAACAUGAACGAGAUUUCAGACGGCUCUAGACCGAAAAUUGAAUCGCUGUUGACUGCUAAUGAUUCAGAAACUGAUAACGAAGCAAUUCGCAAAGCACGGAAGGUUUAUCGAGCCUGUAUGGAUACGGAGCAAAGUGAAAAAGCCGGUAUAGAGCCAAUCAUGUCAAUCCUCAAUGAGAACGGAGGAUGGCCAUUACUAAUGAAGCUCGAGGAGUGGGAAUCGAGGAAAAUUUCUUGGCAACAAAUACUCCCUAAAUUCAUUAGAACUUUGGGGACUGGAGCGUUAUUCAACAUAAAUGUUGCACCGGAUGAUAAGAAUUCGAGCGUCUCUAGGCUUAGCAUGACUGAACCCAAACUCAUCGUCAAAGAUGAAGAAUUGGGGGCUAGUCCUUCUGAUCCCGCCGCUCGUGCUUACUACCGUUACAAAUCCCAGAUAACCAAUAUAUUUUUGAAGGCAUCGGGUAUAGCACCUGAAGGCUUAAAUACUUCAGCACAGUGGGACGAAGUAAAUGGAUUCGAAAAAGCUCUGUCCUCGAUAACAGAAGGGGGGCAGGACCUCAAAGAGAUCGAUAAGUGGUACAACUUGAUGACAAUUGAUGAGUUCCAAGCUUUCUAUGACAGUACAGGCAUGACCGCCCCAACUUCCAGGAUCAAUUGGCUUGAAAUGAUCAGAGAGGUGCUAUCACUGACUCCGGAGAUUACAGUAGAUGGAUCAGAGCAAAUAUUGGUGCCUGGAAAAGUAUAUUUCACAAAGCUCGCUUGGGUGUUAAAUCAAACUUCAGCAGAAGUUGUCGUGAAUUAUAUGAUGUGGACUAUAAUUCCGGAUUUAUCUCUCUAUGCGCAUAACAAGUUGAAGAAUCCUUUGAUCGGAUUCUAUCGUCAGCGUAGUGGAGUGGAUCCGGUCGGUGAUAGGGUAGAUGGAUGUGUGGUUACUCCUCAAAUGGCACGCGCUCUUGCUUACUCGUUCAUUGAAAAAUAUUCGUCACUGGAAACGAAGAAAGAGGUAACUGAGAUGCUGGACAAUCUGCAAGAAGCAAUGGAGCGACAUAUUAGACAAUCCUCUUGGCUCGAUAGUGAGACAAAAGAUCGGGCCGCUGAUAAAAUUCAUACAAUGAAGAAAUUCGUCAGUUACCCUGAUUAUUUUACUGCUGAUAAUAUAGAUGCUUAUUAUUCGGAGUUUAAACCUUCAGAGAGUUUUUUCGAGAACGAGAUGCAAAAGCGAGCUCUUGAGUUGAAAACUAGCUUCAGAAGUUUGCUAAAACCAACAGAUAAAUCAAUAUGGCCAUCUGAACCCACCGAGAUUAACGCAUUUUAUUUACAAAGAGCGAAUGCUGUAGUGGUGCCCGCUGGGAUCCUUCAGACCUAUGUUUUUGACUUGAACAGGCCGAAGAUAUUCAAUUAUGCAUUUAUCGGUCCAAUAAUCGGACAUGAAGUUUCGCACGCACUGGAUAGUACAGGACGUCUCUACAAUAAAAAUGGCGAUGUGGUGACAUGGUGGUCAGAGUCUGCCAUUAAUAAAUAUGAACAGAAUACAGAGUGUUUCGUCAAUCAGUACAGUAGUUACAAAAUAUACGAUGAUGGAGAGCAGAUCAUUCAUCUCGACGGGAAUCUGACGUUGGAGGAAAAUAUAUCAGAUUCUACAGGGCUGAAAGUUACUUGGGAUGCGUACAAAAUAUUCCGUGAAAAACAUGGAAACAGUGGUGAAAAAAUUCCUGGAUUGGAAAAAUUUACUGAUGAUCAAAUAUUUUUCAUAACGUUCGGGAAUCUGUGGUGUUCAUCAGAGGACGAGAAGUAUCUCAAGCAAUAUGGUAACGUCGAUGAACACAGUCCAUCUAAACACAGAGUCAACGGUGCAGUAUCCAAUAACGCGGGAUUUCUGACAGCUUUCAAUUGUCCAAAAAAUUCCGCUAUGAAUACCGCAAAAAAGUGUAGCAUUUGGGAGUGAACAACGAGACUCAACUAUAAAGAAUGAGAUACUCUUUCAAAAUUCUUUGUUAAAAUCUUGUAUUUGAUUGUAUUAUUCAAAAAUAUGAUAAUAAAAAUUCUAAAAUAUGAAA